AUGGAAUUGUACACAAAUGAGUGGGAAUAUAAGCAAAAACGCCUAGAAGGUAUAAUAAAAAAAGAAUUUUAUUAUAAAGAAAAUGUAAUAAGAGAUUGUGAAAAAAAUAUAACUGGAGGAUUUAUAGCAAGGAACAUGUACAGUUUGAAAGAAUAUUGUGAAUGCGCAAAAUGUGAUUUUACAAUAUUAAUAAUAACGGAAUAUAUAAAAAAGGAGUGUGUGCUCGAUAAUUAUAUUUUUGCUUAUAAAAAAUUAUAUGACAAUAUAGAUAAAUAUAUUUACAAAAUUUCAAAAGUAGAAGAUAUCGAUCUUAUUAUUGAAAACGACUUUUUACGCAAAAAUGAUAUAUUACAAAAGAAACCAAAAAAUAAAAAAAGAAAUGUGGGAGAAAAUUAUAUAGAAAUGGAAACAUUUACCAUGUCAAUUAUAUUAAAAAUAAAAACUCAAAUUUUGAAUUCUUUUCCCAUGUUAAAAAGUAUUUUAAAAAACUUAACCUCGGAUAAUUCUAGCAGCUAUUAUAUUAAUAACAGGACCGGAAUAAUAGAGAAGUUAAAAAAGAAAAUUUACAGUUAUUGUUGUAACAAGGAAAGAAACACCAUUGAAGGACAUACAAGAAGAAGAAAUGAUUUGGUGGAUACAAAAAUUAAGAUGGAGCACCCAAAUAUGGCGAAUAUAUGUGCUAAUGCUACAUCAGAUUUUGACGAAUAUACAAAUAACGGCACUUCUUAUCCGUGCAAUUUAGGUGAAAUUAACAACAACGAUUGUGAUAUUUACAGUGAUCGUAUCUGUUAUGACAGCGCUGAUGUAGGAAAUUACAAACAGGAUAUUAAUGGUGAAAAACACAAUCCCAUUUACAGUUAUGACUUAUGCAGUUCUACCCUUUGCAGUAAUCUGUGUACUAUUAACUCAAACGAUUGCAUUAGUAAAAAUAGCGGCAUAAAUUUUACUACUGACAUAAACAUCAGAAAUGAAACGAGGGGAACACAUGAGUACACAAAAGAGAAGAUACAGCCAUACAGUUAUUCUUCUAAAACGAAUGGGUUAUUGACUUCUUUAAAAUUUUAUGAGAUAAAAAUAACGACAAACAAAAAUUUAGUAAGUCUGAAGAGCAUCCUUCUGUUAAUUGAAGUGGUGUGUUUGUUCCACUCGUAUUUUAUUAAAUGCGUAUUAGAAAAAGAAAAAAAAGAGAAAAUAAAUUUUAUACAACUCCACGAAUUUAAACUAAAGCAGAUAUUUUGUGAUGAAUAUAAUUAUUUAACGUUUUAUAACAUUAUUUUGGGAAAGCUGAGGAAAAAAAAAAAGGAUGACAAUGUUAUAUAUAACGAUUUUAGUAGCGUAGUACGGAAGAAGGAGUGUGAUGGUAAGAAUUUUGGGGAGGGUACAAACAAUGCUUAUUUUAAGAAGCAAAAUGUAUCGAGUAAAGGCAUUUGUUGGACUUAUGAAAAUGGAAAUUUCUCAAAUGAUGUAAACGUUUUUUUUCCAGGUAAUAAUGGAAUGUAUUCAUAUAAUGAUUAUAACGGUAUAUUUCGUACUCGUCGGAUGAAUAUAUGUAACAUUGUAGAUGAGGACCCAUUCUAUGAGAGCCCGAAUAAACUUGAACUAUUGGUUAAAAAUAAAUGCUGCAUGUAUGAAGAAAACUGUUCAUAUAAACACGUUUCGUACGAAGCGCUAUCAAAGGAAAAAAUAAAAGAAAUCUCUUUAAGCGAAAAGGAAAUUGAGAGAAUACAUAAUUACAUAAAUUAUGUAUUCAACAGUAUUAUGGAAGAAUGUGAUACAUAUUUUCACAUUGAGUUUUUAUUUACUCUACACACGUUUCAACUAAAGUUUUUGUUUAAUAUUUUAAAAACGCUAUUACUAAGAAAGAAUUUAGAAGAUGACCUACUAAUAAUGUUAACAUAUUGUGCCUACAAAAUUAAGAACAAAGAAAUAAUGGAUUACUGUUUUUGGAGACUUAUAAGCAUUUUUGAAAAUGAGCAUUUUCCAGAUAGCUGGGUUGUAUUAGAUAACAAAGUGAAUAAUCAGUUGAAGAAAAAAUAUAAAGAGAUGAAGAAUAAUUUGAAAGAGAAAAAAGAAAAAAAAUAUAGGAAAGAAAAUUAUCGUAGUAGUAUAUUUUAUGAAACUUUAAAUCUUAUGCAGGGAAGUAAUGAAAAUAGAAACAAUAUAACUGAGAUAGACGUAAAUAAUGGAAAUUUUUAUUUUAAGAAAAAUUUAAUUGACAAGAAUAUAUUUGUCAGUUUUAUAAAGAAAACGAAGAAAGAUUUUCUGCAUUAUAAUGAUAUACCAAAAGGUUAUGUUAUUAAUGAAAUACAGAGACUACGAAAUUUCAAUGAUUAUUAUUCUUGUUGCUAUAUUUUAAAAAAUAAUAAAAAGCAAAAAAUAUUAAUGGCUUUUAAAAAGAGGGGAGAAAAUAAAGUCUAUAUAUAUAAAUAUGAUAAAAAUAUAAAAAAAAAAUAUAAAACUGUGAAAACAUUUUUUAACAUAUCAGGAUUUUUAGGUAUAUUAAUAUGUAACUUUACAGGAAUGAAAAUUAGAAUAUAUGAUAAUGGGAUAUCAGAAAAGUUUUCUAAUUUUUUCCCAUCUUUUGAGAGAAACAAUGUAAUAUCGAUUAGGUUUGAAUCAAAUAUUAUAAGUGAAUUGCCAAGACAUUUCAUAUGUAAUAUAUAUAAAGAAAAUAAAAAUAUAAAAAUUAUUUAUGAAAACAAAUGCCCCAUAUGGAAUGAUGAAAAAGAAAUUUAUGAGCUACCUUUUUAUGGUAGAGUUAAAUUGGCAAGCGCAAAAAAUUUGCAGUUAAUUUUAAAAAAAUGUGUUGUUAGUAAUUCCAAGAAAGAUUUAUUUUUAAACAAAAACAUAAAUGAUGUUAUUGAGUAUGUAAGCAAUCAACAUAGUAGCAGUAAAAGCAAUUCGGACGUGGAUAACACAUAUGAGAGGGAAGGCAGUUGUAAUAAUGCUUCUACAACUGCCACCACGUACGAAACAUAUUUCUUUGAGUCUAAAAAUGCGGAAGGGAAUAAUAAAACUGAAGAAGAAAAUUCAAAGAAGGUCGUCAAAAAAAAUUUUUCCUUUGAUAUUAUCAAAAAUAACUUAAAAAGCAAAAAAAAGGAGGAAAAGUUUGAAAUUAUAAACAAAGAUGAAGAAGAAAUAUUUUUAAUUUUUGGUAAAAACUCAAAGGAUUAUUUUACGUUAGAUUUCCGCCAUCCUUUAUCUUCCUUUGAAGCAUUUUCCAUAGCUAUUUCGUCGUUACUGAAAAAAAAAGCCGUAUCUUAA